GCGGCCACGUGCGGACCGCUGCCUUCCUGGUGGCCAGCGGCGCCCUGGUCGAUGCGCGCAGCCGCCAGGGCCACACGCCGCUGAUGAACGCUGCGUCCACCGGCCACGCCGCCAUUGUGCAGAGUCUGCUGGCCCACAGCGCCCAGCCCCUGGCCUACAACGCCUUUGCUGAGUGCGCAUACGACGUGGCCGCCAUAGCCCAGCACGCCCACGUCUGCUACUUGCUGGAAACCGCCGAGCGCCGCGUGUGGGCCGAGUUGACCAGCGAGCCGUACGAUCCCAUGCGCGUCCAUACCACCCAGCUUGGUCUGUCUGUUCGAGAACCAGCGAGCCACCGCGCGCCCACGCCGGUCCACCUGGCACUGCCAAUGGGCGCGCUGGCCCACCGCCUGUCGUUUUUUGCGCGCGCGCGCCAAGACUCGGCGCAGUCGUCGGGUGCUAACACUCCGGCGCCGUUCGCUGACGCCGAUUUCUCAGCGGCCAAUCUGAUCGCCGGCGAUCCGGCGCCCAUGACUGACUCCGAGAUGGUCCCGCGGCGCAUGCGCGACAUUCCGCUGCCGCAUGCCGACUCAGGCAUGGACUGGUUCUGGCUCAGUGACUGGGCGCCGUUCGUCGGGUGCCGCCCAGAAGUGGUGAGCGACGGCUCGGUCGCGCAGCACACCGACCGCAAUGGCUGGCAGUACAGCUGCCAUGGCUUCAACUCCCCCGAGACCGCCUGGGCGCCCUAUGCCCCAUCCGAUGCUGCCGACUGCGUGCGGCGCCGCCAGUGGGUAAGAGCCAUGAAGCGCCAGGUGCCGCUGGACGAUCCGACCGCCGUGAUCGCUGCCAACCCGGUGCUUGCCAAGAUCACCAGCGACGAGGCUGCGCGCGCCCUGGAGCCUGAUUACCUGGAAACUGCCCGGACCAUCCUCGAUGCCACGCGGGAAAUCUCCACCUCCGAUGCUGCUGUCGAGCACCGCCUGGAGCUCGAGCAGACCCGCAGCGCCGUGUCGGUGCUUCUGUCCAAUAUUUCCACCGACGAGAAUGACCAGCGCCGCCACGAGGCGCGCAGGCUAGGCCGAUGAUGCGCUCAGGCGCGCAGAGGUAUUGGCCACCGGCCUGCAGUCCGACACCCAGGACGAGCUGUGCCAGGCACUGAACGAAGGAGAGAACGCGCUGGGUAUUGUUGCUGAGCCUACCGAUAAUGUGGCUCCGCCGCCAUUGCCUCACCGCCCGCUGGCCGAGUCAGUGACUGAUCCACUUGAGGUCGAGCGCCAGAUGCAGGCGUACUUGGAGCAGGCUGAGAGAGAAUUCACGCCUGCAGUUGUGCCGCCCAGAGACGAGGUCGUC